GCAACAGCUUCUGGUCUAACAAUCAUGUCAGAUCCAAAACCCUAGUAUAUCAGAAUAUAGAUAUGAUUUGAUAUGAUGAAGGGCAAUCAAAAUGGUAAUCUUAGACAUGAAUCAUAAUCAUGAUCAAAUCCAAUUCGGGUGAUGUUUAUUAAUUGGGUUGCGCCAAAUGAUCAUGUCAUUCUUUCUUUAUACAUAUGGGAUAUAUGAGGGGAAAUCAAGAUAGUAAUCUUUGACAUUAAAUCAUAAUCAUGAUUAAAUCGAAUUCGGGUGAUGUUUUGCACUACAAGAUCGUGCCAUUCUUUCUUUAUAUACCUGAAAAACCGUCGCAUUCUAUCAUUUUAUUUUCGGCUCUUGGGUGGAAAGUGAAAUUAACCUAGGUUUCCAAGGAUAGACUCGUGAGCAAUCAAAUGUAUGAAAAUUUCACAAACUUUAGCGGUUUAGCCUACUGCUUUAGUUUCCCACUUAUUACUUUCUGCUCCAACAGCAAAGGCUGAAACCCCAUUGAACUCACUCUAGGAGAAAAAAAAAAAAAAAAAAAAAAAUUCCUUUUGUAACUUGCUACACAACUUUGAUAUUCCCACUUUUGCUCCUUUCUUACUGCAGAAUUCACCUCUUUUCUCCCUUCGUUUCCUUCUCUAAGUGCAGCCCAAUUCAUUUUAAAAAAUCACAAGUCAAUAUUUUAUAAACAAUUGGAAAAAAAAUGUGCGAGAUCAAGAAUUUCUACUGCUGGCUCCUAGAAUUUUCCGUACUCCUGCUUCUCCUAGCUCUCUGUCUAUGGCUGGCCAUACGUCCAGAAUCCCCCAAGUAUACCAUUGUGGAUAUCACCAUCCCGAAGUCCGAUAUAGACAGUGGGGGUCAAAAUGGCUCUAUCAUAUACGCCCUUGAAAUUGAAAAUUCCAACAAAGUCUCUAGUAUUUACUACGAGGACACAAUUUUGAGAUUCUAUUAUGGGUCAGAGACUGUUGGGGAGAAAACCAUACCUUAUUUUCAUCAAGGAAGAGGUAAAACCUGUCAAGUGACUGAUUCUGUGGAUGCCAACCAGCAAGUUUGGAAAGCUAUUCGCAAUUCCAUAUCCAAUGCAACUGCAGAACUGAAGGUGGCAGUGCUAACUCGGGUUCAAUAUAGAACAUGGGGAGUGAAGAGUAAGCAUCAUGGAUUAGACUUGCAAAGUCAAUUAUCGAUUGGUUCAAAUGGUAAGAUUUUUGGUAAGACGAAGAAAAUUAAGCUACGCCGUGCUUCCAAGAAAUGGAGGAGGAGGACUAAUAGACGACGAUUGUUAUACUAG